AGAGCAUCAUGGUCCAGCGCCUCACCUACAGACGUCGCCUUUCUUACAACACCCGCUCCAACAGAGUCCACGUUGUCAAGACUCCCGGUGCCAACCUUGUCUACCACUACGAGAAGAAGCCUGUCAAGGCCCCUCGUUGCGGUGACUGCGGUGACGCUCUUGCUGGUAUCAAGGCCCUCCGUGCCCGCCAGUUCGGUAACGUCUCCAAGACCCAGAAGAACGUCAGCCGUGCCUAUGGUGGUUCCCGUUGCGCUCACUGCGUCAGAAGCCGCAUUGUCCGUGCUUUCUUGAUUGAGGAGCAGAAGAUCGUCAAGCGUGUCCUCAAGACCCAGACUCAGAAGAAGUAAAAAAACCAAACCACCAAAAAACUCAUUAAAAUAAAUGCAAAAGUAAAAUACAAAAAGGAAGAAGAAGUAGUAGUUUAGUAAAAGAUUGCUUUUCCCUUUCUCUUGCUCUCUUGCUCUCUUGCUCUCUUGCUCUCUUGCUCUCGCUAUAUUUUUUAUCUUUUGGCUUUUUUUUUAUUUCUUGUAUCUUGGAGAUGUAUAAUUUUUUUAUAUAUAAAGUGUACAUAAUUCGUACAUACAAGAU